UCCAGGUGACGUGCUGGCUGGAGGGAGCCACGGCUGGAUGUAAACUAACUCUCAGGUGAUCAAGAGUUGUGGAGCCGGGAGGAGGUCCCAGAGAAAGAAGAGCACACACAACUGAACCAGAGGUGACAGCUGCUUGGGAAUGAUAUGAGCUGCAGGUGGUUUUUGAAGGAACACAAUACAUCGUGGCAAAACUUGAUGGGCUCGUUAGUGUGAGUGGAGCCUGGAGAUAGGGAGAGAAACCAGAUAACUGCAUCACUCCAGAAACUCUUCUCAGUCUGAAUGGACAGAAGACCUUAAACAAACAACUGAGGGCCAUAGACUGAGAAGUCUUUAUCACUGAUCUUGGGAGAAGGUCUAGGAAAUGUGGCAAUGAGUACGAGCUGUGGAAGAAACUCUGCCAACAGCUCCCUUUAAAUGUAAGAGAGAUUCCUCUGAACGAACAGCUCCUGACAAAAACCCAGAUGAACUACUGCCAAACAGGCAUUUCCCUGUGAACUUGUUCAAUCUACAGUCCUUAAUAGGCCAUCACCAGUGACUCCACAGAGAAACUGGACGAAAUCGUCGUCCCUUGUAAACCACUGCAAGGAAUUGCUCCUGGUGAACACCUGAGAGAAAUAAUGCAGAAUGGACCUCUUGCAUUAAAUUAGCAAGAGAUAUGUUUCUGAAUGAGCUUCUAAUCACCACAGACCUUGUUUCCUGGCAACAUUUCCAAGUGACACACAAUAGCAAACAAACUCUUCACAACUGCUCAGAAACUGCAGUAGCAAGAAGUUGCUCUUGCUAAACUUCUCUACAACUUUGUGUUACUCUUGAGCAGAAGGACAGUAUCUGAACUUAACCUGUUACCAGGUACCCACAUGCUGGUUUCAGGGUCUGUUACAGAUCUCCUUUUUGGCAGUGACUCCCUGUAUCCAUGUCCUCAGGAAGAUGGCAGCUCCAGACUCCCUCUGAAUCGCUUGUUGGUACAAGCAGCAAGAAUGGCACUAGUUAUGGAUCACUAAUGAGACGCAACGCAGAAUUGCUGAAAGCCGUUAAAGAAUUGGAACGCACAUGCAUAACACUUAGAGAGGAGAACACUUUACUGCGGAAAAGCAGCUGUCCAGAGACCGAAGAGAAAGUAAAGAGACUGAAAAGGAAGAAUGCUGAACUGGCAAAUAUUGCCCGGCGCUUGGAGGAGAGAGCCAGGAAGCUGCAAGAAGCGAACCUCAGAGUGGUAAACUCUCCUGUCCUGGCUAAAGGCUCCAGUUUGGAACACUAUAAAAAAGCCUUUGCCAGACAGCGUGCCAAAGAUCUCUCUGAACAUGCUGAUGUCAUCCUUGCCAAAGACAAGGAGAUAGAAGAAUUGAAGCAAGAAUGUCGUGACCUUCAUGCAAAACUGGGACCAUUAAAGGAGGCUCCAGAUCAGUUAAAGCAGACUGACUUCGAGCGAGUGUUGAGAGAAUCUCAAAAAGAAGUAUUGCGACUGCAGAGACAGUUGGCUGUCGUGUCUCUCCAAGGGUCCUCUCAUUUGAGGGGCCAGGGGACUCCUGCAGCUGAAAUAUCAUCAGUACAUCCAGGGUUAUCCCUGCAAGAGUCAACAGAAUUCUCCAAGACUUCAGAGGCAACAGAAUUAUGUAAGAAACGGAAAGAAUGUGAAAGCCAUGAACAAGAAAUAAAGAAACGCCAGCGGAUAUGUCAGGAUCUGGAGAAUGAACUGAAACAAGUCUGGAGUGAGAAUGCACGGCUAACUGAAGAGACCAUUAGACUCAGCCAAGAGGCACAGGAGACUGAUAAGAUUAAAGCCCAGAACAAUGACCUGAGAGGGAGACUCUCAGUGGUUACAGCAGAACGAGAUUCAGUUCUGAAGGAGAAUCAGCGACUCCAAGCCAAGCUGGAGAAUCUAGAGCAAGUCCUGAAGCAUAUGCGAGAGGUGGCAGAACGUAGGCACCAGCUGCAGUUGGAACAUGAAGAAGCACUGACAAUUCUGCAAGCCAAGCAGCAUGAGGUUGAACGACUGCAAAAGGCCCAGUUUGAAGCAAAGAAGGAACAUGAAGGUGUGGUCCAGUUACUGGAGAAUACAUUGGACUGCAUGCAGGCAAAGGUACGAGAUCUUGAGGAGAAAUGUCGGAGUCAAAGCACGCAGUUUAGCCUUCUCUCGCAGGAAUUGGAGCAUUUCCGCCUGCAAGCUGGAAACAUUGAUCUACUGACCAACACUCUUGUGAACUCAGAUACACCUGGACUACUGUCCCGCAGCCAGCCCCAACUACUAAAUGGAGUGGAAUCACCAGUGGAAAAAGAUGUAGAAAACAUUCCCCAGCCAGUUUCUCAGUCACCUUGUCCAGAGCAGAAUGAGAAGAAACAGGAAGAGCAAAUUCCCAAUAUGCCACAGGCUCAAGCAGUCAUUGUCUCCCAGAAGUCGGAGGAAAUAGUAACGGAAGUUGGCUCCAUCAGCAGCAAAAUACAACCAGAAUCAAACCAGAGCUCCAGCAAAGGAUCUCCCAAAACAGAGUUGUCACAAAGCACCCCAAAGUCUUGUACAACUCCAGAGGUUGAUACAGCCAGUGAAGUGGAGGAGUUGGACAUUGAUAAUGUCUCCUCCAUUCCAGAGCCUGAGAGUAGAGUAACUGCAAAAUUGAAGGUUUUCAUUGCUCGAUACAGUUACAAUCCUUUUGAUGGGCCCAAUGAAAACCCAGAAGCAGAACUACCAUUGACAGCAGGAGAGUAUAUCUACGUAUAUGGAGACAUGGAUGAAGAUGGAUUUUAUGAAGGAGAGCUAAUGGAUGGGAGAAGAGGAUUGGUUCCUUCAAACUUCAUUGAGCGUGUAUCUGAUGAGGACAUGUUGACGUUUCAUCCUCCAGAAGCCAAUGAUUUGUCCCACAGUUCAUUCCAGGAGAUUAGUUUCCACAGUGGUAGUGAGCAAAGCCUCCCACUGCAGAAUAAUAGUAUUGAAAAGUCAGAGACGUCCAGCCCCCAUGAAGAUCUCACUCUGCACGACUCACAGAUAAAACCAGAGAGCCAUGUAAGCAAUGGCUUUGACCUCAAUGCAGAAGAAGUGGCUGAAUAUAAUGAGGAUGUGGUGCCUUACCCCAGGAAACUGAAAUUGAUUAAACAGCUUGCCAAAAGUAUCAUUGUUAGCUGGGAAUCCCCUCUUGUUCCAGGUGGCUGGGGUACAAUAUUCAGCUAUAAUAUCUAUGUGGAUAAAGAAUUACGGAUGAAUGUGAAGUUUGGUGCACAAACCAAAGCUGUAAUAGAGAGACUUGACCUUAAUACUAAAACUUACCGAAUCUAUGUACAGUGUGUAACAGACAAAGGGAACUCGGAUGAAAUAUGCAGCAGCAUGCUUGUGGGGAAAGAUGUCUGUGUUGCCCCUAUGCAAUUGAAAGUCCAUUGUAUUACCGCAACCUCAGCGGACAUUUCUUGGUUGCCAAGCAACAGUAAUUACAGCCAUGUGAUUUUCCUCAAUGAGGAGGAGUACGAAGUGGUAAAGGCAGGGUGCUACUCAUGCUCACUAAUGAACCUGAGGCCGAACAUGAAGUACAAGGUGAAAGUCGAGGCCAGACCACACCAGAUACCCUGGGAGCUGCCGCCAGACCGAAGACAACUCAAAUGUGUGUAUACACAGUUUACAACUUUGGCAGGAGGCCCUCCUGAUGCCCCACUGGAUGUUCAGAUAGAAGCAGGCCCCACUCCUGGUGUUGUGCUGAUCAGUUGGCUACCAGUGACCAUAGAUGCUGCGGGGACCUCAAAUGGUGUACGAGUCACUGGAUAUGCUGUCUAUGCUGAUGGGCAGAAGAUUAUUGAAGUGACAUCUCCCACAGCUGGUAGUGUGCUAGCCAGAUCCAGCCAGAUUCAGCUUCUGCAGAUUUCUAAGGAACUCACUGUUCGUACCAUGUCUCCUUACGGCGAAUCAACAGACUCCAACCCCAUCAAAAUUCCUCGAGCACUGUUUACAUUUCCUUUGCACCCUAUGCCAUUACAGACUGCUCCUGACAACAGUGUUCCCCUCAGUAAUGAAUUACCCAAUGUAGAUUUCAAGGAUGAGGCUCUGCUUGCUAUAACUUGUGACAAGGUUCUCAAUAAUGACAGUGCCGCAAGCUACAAUGGAAAUGAACAGGGGAACUAUCCACCUGCUUUUAAAACUUUGAGUCAGGUGGCUGAUACAAAGCCAAACUUUGAAGAGCCAUUGUGUGUUCAAAAGGAAGAUACCAAAAUGGUAGAGAAUUUGAAGGAUGGUGCUGCAGGUUUAUUGGAUUCUUCUAAAGAGAAAAAAGGUGAAGAACCAAAAGAAGAAACAACCCAUUUGGAAAAUGCUCAGCUGAAGAGGCCAGUUGGCUUUCUUGAUGAAUUCCUUGUGGACUUGGAGCAGAAGGAAAAUCUUGACAUUAAGGAAGAUUCUGAAGGGAAAAAUUUGGAAAGUGAUCCCAACAACCAGAUAAUGGAGAAAAAAACUAUAGAAACACCAAUCAGCAGAAUCCAAGAAUCCAAGGAAGAGUUAGAAUAUGAUGCUUCCCUGAGUAAUAUUAGGGUGCCAUCUAUUGAGGAGUUUCUGACAGAUUGUGAAUUAAAGCAGGAAAAAACACAUGUUGCAGUGGAUGAAGAGAUGAUUGAAGAGGGCCAGCUUGGAUCUGAAAGAAACCAUCAGCAUAUUGGUAAAGCUGAGAACCAAGAAAAUGAGGAUUAUCUCCCUGAGAGUAGUCGUGGCUCAGAUCUCUCGGAUAUCAUGGAAGAGGAUGAAGAAGAAUUGGGAUCAGACUCGCUGGCUAAUGAAGAACUGCAGAAACAAGAAUGCAGCUUAAACAGAGAGAACUCACUGAAGCCUGAACAGUAUGAAACUGAUAGCGAUGAGGAGUUUAUGGAGAAAAUUCUAGAACUUCCUUUGCAGAAACAUUGCAGUAAAAAACUAUUCAGCAUUCCUGAAGUAACAGAGGAGGAGGAGGAGGAGGAGGACAAGGAGAUCAUUUACGGCAAGAGGCAAGAUGGCACUAGAAAUCAAGAACAAGGAAAGGAGGCCUCUAACCACUCCCAGCAGGGAGUAGAAGUGGAGGAUCAGAUAUUUAACUGCAUGCAAACGAAUUCUCAUAAUCACAGACUGAGAGACCAAGCCUCAAAUGUUGAUACCAAAAAUCAAGAAUUGGGAGAAAAGCCAAUCUCCAAAAUCAGUCUGUGUGACAGCAAAAAUCUAGUGCAGGAUGCUAAAGGUUCUACCAUUGCUCAAAAUGACCUGAAAUUCAUGGACUGGGAGGAAGGCUUAAUGUAUAAUGAUACUUGUGAUCAGAGCAACAGGCAGGAGCCAGGUGAAAAACACACUCACUACACCAAGAGCAACUGCAAAAAGAAGGAAUGGCGUGAAAAGGCCAGUUCCAGGUUUCAUCAUAGAUAUUCCAAAGGAUGUAUCAGGUCCCACAAUUGGAAAAGGAGGACUUCAGAAUACACACACAAAAGCACCAUCGAUGACCAUGACCUUGAAACCACUCUAGAGAAAUCACAAUCAGAGGAAAGCCACAGAGAUAUCUUAGAUGUGACUGUAGUUGAUCCAACAUCUGCGUUGCAAAUGCAAUCUCGGACACAGAUUAGGUCUACAUCUCCUGGAGAGCUGAAUAUACCAAUUACUGGGAGCCCUUGUUACAACAGGAGAUACCAAGUGUCACACAAACAACUAGAAAUAGACAUAGAAUAUGGCACUGAAGAGGAAGAAGAAAUGCUAUCUCCUAACUUACAUUUCUGUUCAAAUGUUAUUCAUCUGGAUCAAAUGAGAUCAGAUCAGUCGCAUGGUGGCCAGAAAUGCAAUGAAGAUGAGAGUAGUUAUUGCAGCCAGUGUGACUCUACUCAGUCAAAUGAACAAAAGCAAGCAUCAGUUGAAGCUGAUGUUUUUGAUUCGAACUCUGGCAGUUCUAAAUCUCCCCAUCAUCGUAAAAGGAAAGAUAAAACCACUUUCCCUUGGAGUCAGCUACAUCGUGAUCGAGGGAAACUGAAAGGAAAAAUUACAGAGGAGAAAAAGUUGGAGGCUUGGAAAAUGGAGCCUCAUGAAUUGGGCAGGACAAGGGCAAGGGCAAAGACAGAAUCUGUGGAUUCAGCAUGUACACGGGGGUUUGCAGUAGAUACAGAUUCAGGCUCUCACUGUGCUCCUGACUCACCUGUGGUACGAGCUUUAAAUCCCAACAACAGUGCAUUGCUUAGGCACGGUAGAGGGGAGUUGUUCACUUCCAAAGUUUCACAUGCAGAGAGUUACAGAAGUCAAGAGAGUUCAAUCCUAGAUGGAUACAAGGAGGUAGAAUCAAAGGGGAUAGUGGAUGGUGUUCUUGUUCGCAUCUUUGUGGCUUUGUUUGAUUAUGAUCCUGCAACCAUGUCACCGAACCCAGAUGCUGCUGAGGAGGAGUUGGCAUUUAAGGAAGGCCAGAUCCUAAAGGUAUAUGGUGAUAAGGAUGCUGAUGGGUUUUACCGCGGAGAGGCAAAUGGCCAGACUGGCUUUGUGCCAUGUAACAUGGUCUCAGAAAUCCAGGUGGAUGAUGAUGAUGUGAUGGAGCAGCUGUUACAGCGGGGUUACCUGGCCCCCAGUACAUCAAUGGAGAAGCUGGUGCAUUCCAACACAUGGAAGGAAACUCGGCAGCGAGAAUGGAAUCGACCCAGCAGUGCACUGCAGAACUUGCCUAUGAAAAGAAUGAUGGCUGUUUUUGAUUACGAUCCCAGGGAAAGCUCUCCUAAUGUGGAUAUUGAGGCUGAGCUGACUUUCAGUGCUGGUGAUAUCAUUACUGUUUACGGGGACAUGGAUGAGGACGGUUUCUAUUAUGGUGAUUUGAAUGGAAUACAUGGGCUUGCACCAUCCAACUUCCUGGAGCUGAUCAGUGCAGAGGAGGCAGUGGAGACAGGUGCUGGGAAUGCCAUGCCAAGGCUUCCUCAGACUGCAGUUCACAAGGAAAAACAGCUAAGCUUGGAUGAGGCAGAGGUUUCCAAUCCUGUUGUACCAAUGAACAUCCAUCCCACUGUUACAGCAGGGUGUUUGGAUAACCACGGAUGCAACGAGAAUUCCAAUAGCAAGAAGAAAAAGGGCUUUUUUUCAAAAGGAAAGAAACUAUUCAAAAGAUUGGGAUCUAGUAAAAGAGAAUAACUCACCUUGAAUCCAUUAAAAGAAAGAAAAUCCCACCUUUGAUUCAAUAAACAUGAGUAACUCUCAAUAGAAUCCUGAAAAGAAUAACCAGUGAUCCACCAAAAAGGAUUAAAUUUGGGCAAGUUGGCUCCAACCCCACUGGAAGAGUAUAUCAGAUCUGGGAUGAAAUAAAUGAGCAAUUCUCACAUGGAGUCCACUGAAAGAAAGCAACUCACACCUGGAUCCAGCGAAAGAUGUUUGCCAUUUCCACCCAACUUGCGGUAAACUUGAGAUCAAUAAAUCAGGGUGAAUGUCACCUGGAUGAUGAUGAGCUUUGGAUACACACAAAAACUCAGCAAAUUUGUUACAAUGAAGAGAGAUUGUAUCCAAAAACACAGAACAUUUUCUGCUGUGUAACUCUGGAGAAACCUCCACCUUUUCCUCUAUUGGUCCUUUAUUCACUUCACCAUUAUUUGUAAUAUUGCAAUUCACUAAUAACUUGGUCAACACUUAUAAUUUGUACUGAGUUCUUGCUAAGCAGUAACCACAUCUACUGAUGAAGAGAAUGCCUUUCAACAGACUGUAAUAACUGCAAUCCAUGAAUUAUAUAGCCUGCUGGAUAUAUCCACAUCACCUCAUCUGUAACUGUCAGAAGACAAAUGACUGAUGAUAUUCAUGCAUUGAUGUAACUGUGACUGCUUAUCAACCCAGAGAAUUGUUUUCUUCAUGUAACUAUGUGGCAGCAUUGUUUAAGCUUUGAAGUGGUAUAAAUCUCUCAGUGUCGUAUAAUUCAGAGUCAGGCAGGCUGUGGAAUCUCGAGCACAUAAACAGAGAUGUACCAAGGCCCCGCUGACUAGUUCUGUUAACAGUGACAACAGCAAUGUACUUGACUGGUAAGCUCAUGUUGAUUACCAGAUAAGUCUUGCUACUUAGUAUCCCUCUUGAUUUCAUGCAGUGGUGAGUUCACUCAUUCUUUAUUUAGUGGUCACAUAAUUAGGGUUAUUCUUGCAUUGCCAUUAUUUACCAAAUCCAAAAUGGAACAAGUGCAGCGUGAGGGUUUACAAUGUGGACCUCACUUUUAAUGUUUGCUUUAUCACUAGAGAAAACGCAUUAAAAGAUUCCUCUAUAUUAUGGAAAAGUAAAAUGGAAACUUGUUGUUCUUCAUCUGACACCAGAUGCUGAAGUUCUGCAGGUAUUGCAAAGAUCUCCAAGUAAUCAGCUGGGUGCAAAACUGGUAGAAUGCAACAGUUGAGGAAAUGGUCCGUAUAUUUGAGCUCUGAUCCAUUACAUGCCUAUGCAUGGGUAACAGGAAGGUUUACUCUCUGCCUUAUUCAAGAAAGACAUCUUAAUGAAUUACUAAGUGUGAAAACGAAAAUUCAGAUGCCAAUCGCAAUACCCUGCCAGUGUUCAGCUGACACCCUGAGUUGGCAACAUACCUGCUUUGUGUUCCAGGCUCCUGAGCAGCUGUCAGACAUAAAAUAGAACUUAUUUUCAUAUAUUAAAGAUAAGCCAUCAUGUUUAAAUUCUAGCACAUGGCUUUAUAAUAUACAAUUAAAAGAUUUUGUAAAGAAGAGUUUAUAUGAUUGAUUUUGACAUUUGUAAAUAGUUCCACUUCUUGUUUUGCAUGUAUCGUUGGGACUGUGUCCAACUGCUCUGCGUGGAGUGUAGUGAUGAGCAGAGCCCAAGCCCUUACAGUCAAACCUAUUCCUUUAUUUCUACAUAGAAAUGUUUUUACUGAAAUAAAGUCUA